CAAAAUAAAGGAAAAAAAAUGGAGAAAAAGGAAAAUGGCAGACCAAAUAUUCGUUUAUAUGUUAUAAAAAAUUCAAAAAUCAAAUGGAAGUUAGAGCCACACCGUCAUCCAGUGCUUUUGAAUUGUCCAAUGGUGACAGAGUACAAAAGUUGGGAGAGAGAAACAUAAAAUACUUGAAGCCUGAGCAACGAAGAAGCUACUGAUUUCUCCACACGCCCUGGAAUUUUGUCCAUUUUCUGUAUUCAUAUAGCGCAAGUCAUCUGUCUCUCUCCGUCUCUAGUACUGUAAGCAUUUCUCCGGUGUUUAAAGUUGGGUUUCUAUUGUUCAAUUUUGUGUAAUAUUUCCUGCAUUAUUAUUUGUCAAAUUGCCACCUUUUCAUGAAAUUUGAACGAUCGGGGCUUCGGGGAAGUUACUAAGGAAACCCAUUAUAUGAAUGUCGGUCCCGGAAGAAGGUUUUUGAGGUUUGGUAUUUUAUUUUAUUUUUUAUUUUUUUUGCAUCGUUGAAGGCGCUUGACAAUGGUUUUUAUUUUAUUUUAUUUUUCCCAAAAACCUGGGUUCAAGAUUCCUAUCCGAUCGUGAGGAAUUCAAGUCUACACGAGAUUUUUACAUGUUUCUGCUCGGAAAGUUUGUUUAUUUUUUCAUUUUUUUAGAAGUUUGCUUAUUAUUAUUAUCAUUUUUUUUUUCACUUUUUUGAAUAAUUUUAAGUUAGUAAAAUUUCGGGUCGAACUCGAACACAUCUACUAAUUGUUUAAGAUUUGGUGGGAGAUCGUUAAUGGUGUGACUGAUUAGUGAAGAGUCACUACAAUUUGGUAGCCACAUGUCCCCUUCAUUAAGCUAGACAGAUAAGUAAGUGGGACCUCUACUUAAAGUUUGAUUCACUUUGCAAGAAUAGAAAGGGAGGCAAAAGUUAACUUUUUGAUCCAAUUACCAAUCAUUGUACAAUUCAUUGAAUUGGAGCAAAAUAAGAAAAAAGACCCAUUUUGAGAAUAAUGUCACAGCAAAAAAUCUAAGGGCUCGCUAUCUCUUCAGUCGAUCAAAUCAUUGCCAGUGGACUUCAGUUUUGUGGGUUCACCAGGAAAUGAAAGGAUGAUGGUUCCUGACAUUACAUUAGGAAAUGGUCCGUCAUUGACUGAGGCUGAGGAGGGCUAUGCAAAUGGUAAUGAUAACGUUUAUCGGAAUAAUGAGUCGCCCUAUAGUAGGCGGACCGAGGAUAGACCUUCUGUGGUUGAUGAUGGAGAGGAUUUGAAGGUUGCGAGUUCUUUGAAGUCAUUUGGAUGGUCGCCUGUUGAUUCUAAGUGGAGCGACACAACACCAUAUGUGGCCAAGAAGAAGCUUACAUCAUGGUUUCAACUUCCUGAUGGUAAGUGGGAGCUGGGGACGAUCCUUCCAACUUCUGGGAAUGAAAAGUUGAUAUCAUUGGCUGAGGGGAAAGUCUUAACAGUGAAUUCGGAAAAUUUGGUGCCAGCGAAUCCUGAUAUACUUGAUGGCGUUGAUGAUCUUAUGCAACUAAGUUAUUUGAAUGAGCCAUCAGUAUUGUACAAUCUUCAGUACAGAUAUAAUCGAGAUAUGAUUUAUACUAAAGCAGGUCCAGUUCUGGUUGCCGUUAAUCCCUUUAAGAAAGUUCCUUUAUAUGGAAACGAUUACAUAGAAGCGUAUAAGAAUAAAUCUGUUGAGAGCCCACACGUAUAUGCCGUCACAGAUACGGCCAUGCGAGAAAUGAUUAGAGAUGAAGUUAAUCAAUCUAUUGUUAUAAGUGGGGAAAGUGGAGCUGGCAAAACAGAAACAGCGAAGAUAGCAAUGCAAUAUUUGGCUGCACUAGGAGGUGGUAGUGGAAUCGAGUAUGAGAUAUUAAAAACAAAUCCAAUUCUGGAAGCCUUUGGCAAUGCCAAAACAUUGAGAAAUAACAAUUCAAGUCGUUUUGGAAAGCUGAUUGAAAUUCACUUCAGUGAAACUGGAAAACUGUCGGGUGCCGAAAUCCAAACUUUUUUACUCGAGAAGUCCAGAGUGGUUCAGCAAUCAGAGGGAGAAAGGUCAUAUCAUAUAUUUUAUCAGCUAUGUGCUGGAGCUCCACCAAUUCUUAGAGAAAAAUUGAACUUGAAGAAUGCAAAUGAGUUCAAUUAUUUGAGGCAAAGCAAUUGCUAUACAAUUUCUGGGGUUGACGAUGCUGAACAAUUUCAUGUUGUAAUGGAAGCCAUGGAUAUUUUUCGUGUGAGUAAAGAGGACCAAGAGAGUGUAUUUGCGAUGCUUGCUGCAGUACUAUGGCUGGGGAAUGUCACCUAUACUGCGGUUGAUAGUGAAAACCAUGUUGAACCUGUUUUGGAUGAAGGUCUAAUCAAUGUUGCUACAUUAAUUGGGUGUCAAGUUGAGGAACUAAAGCUAGCAUUAUCAACCCGAAACAUGAUUAUAAGAAAUGAGAAUAUUGUACAAAAGCUUACUCAAUCUCAGGCCAUCGAUACAAGAGAUGCACUGGCAAAGUCAAUUUAUUCUUGUUUGUUUGACUGGCUCAUUGAACAAAUCAACAAAUCACUAGCAGUUGGUAAACGACGUACUGGAAGGUCUAUCAGCAUUCUUGAUAUCUACGGAUUUGAAUCAUUUGAGAGGAAUAGUUUUGAGCAGUUCUGCAUCAAUUAUGCCAAUGAAAGAUUACAGCAACACUUCAACCGUCACUUGUUCAAGUUGGAGCAAGAGGAAUACAUUUACAAUGGCAUUGACUGGGCAAAAGUAGAUUUUGACGACAAUCAAGAUUGUCUAAAUCUUUUUGAGAAGAAACCAUUGGGUUUGUUAUCCUUGUUAGAUGAGGAGUCAACCUUUCCGAAUGGCACAGAUUUGACCUUUGCCAAUAAGCUUAAGCAACAUUUGAAUUCAAACACUUUUUUUAGAGGAGAAAGAGGCAAAGCAUUUAUGGUGUCCCAUUAUGCAGGCCAGGUUGUGUAUGAUACAACUGGGUUUCUAGAGAAGAAUCGGGAUUUACUUCACUUGGAUUCCAUUCAACUUCUAUCUUCUUGCACAUGCCACCUUCCUAAGGCUUUUGCGUCCAGCUUGCUCACCCAAUCUGAGAAGCCUGUAAUAGGGGCACUCUAUAAGUCAGGUGGAGCAGAUUCACAAAAAUUAAGUGUUGCGACAAAAUUCAAGGGCCAAUUAUUUCAGUUAAUGCAACGCCUUGAGAAAACAACCCCACAUUUCAUACGCUGUAUAAAGCCCAAUGACAUCCAGUCUCCUGGAAUCUACAAUCAAGGAUUGGUGUUGCAGCAGCUGCGGUGUUGUGGGGUCUUAGAAGUUGUUCGAAUAUCAAGAUCCGGAUUUCCUACCAAAAUGUCGCAUCAAAAGUUUGCUAGAAGGUAUGGUUUUCUUCUACUUGACCAUGUUGCGUCACAGGAUCCACUCAGUGUUUCAGUAGAAAUUCUUCAUCAGUUCAACAUCCUACCUGAUAUGUAUCAAGUUGGCUACACCAAGUUGUUUUUUCGAACUGGACAGAUUGGGAUACUUGAGGACACAAGAAAUCGUACUCUGCAUGGCAUCUCAUGUGUACAAAGCUGCUUUAGAGGUCAUCAAGUUCGCCGCUACACGAAGUACUUAAGGAGAUGCAUUAUCACUCUUCAGUCAUUUCUUCGGGGUGAAAAAACUAGAAAAGAGUAUGCAGUCUUAUUAGAGAGGCAUAGAGCAGCUAUAUCUAUUCAAAAACAAGUAAAAGGCAGGAUUAGGAGGAAAAAGUUCAAAAACAUUUAUGAGGCAUCAGUUCUAAUCCAAUCAGUUAUCCGUGGCUGGAUGGUCCGAAGAUGCUCUGGAGACAUAGGAUUUCUGCAUUUCGGUGGCAUGAAGGGCGCUGAACAGGAAGAGGUGCUGGUGAAGUCAUCGUUCCUUGCUGAAAUGCAACGCCGAGUUCUUAGAGCUGAAGCUGCACUGAGAAAAAAGGAAGAGGAAAAUGAUGUCCUUCACCAACGACUUCAGCAGUACGAGAACCGAUGGUCAGAAUAUGAACUGAAAAUGAAAUCCAUGGAAGAGGUAUGGCAGAAACAAAUGAGAUCACUCCAGUCGAGCCUUUCCAUUGCAAAGAGAAGUCUGGCUGUUGAUGAUUCGCGGAGAAAUUCUGAUGCAUCAUCCAAUGCAAUCGAGGAAAGUGAGUCAAGCUGGGAUAGAGGGAGCAACUUUAGGGCUCAAGAGAGCAGUGGAGUUAGACGAAUGAAUGCUGGUCUAAGUGUAAUUAGUCGAUUGGCUGAUGAGUUCGAGCAGAGGAGUCAAAUAUUUGGCGACGAUGCCAAGUUCUUGGUUGAAGCAAAAUCAGGUCAGGUUGAUGCAAACUUGGAUCCGGACCAGGAGCUUAGAAGAUUGAGACAGAUGUUUGAAGCUUGGAAAAAAGAUUACGGUUCGAGACUCAGAGAAACGAAGGUGAUUCUCCACAAGCUCGGAAAUGAAGGGUCGCCUAACAAGGUGAGAAAAAGUUGGUGGGGAAGGAGGAACAGCACGAGAUUUAGCUGACUCACUGUCCGUAAAUAGCUCACAAUUUAGUUGACUCUUCCUAUCAGAGUUGCAACACAAAUUUGUUAUAACAAGCAGUAGCAGUUGGUCAUUUUACCGCAGUUUGAAUCAAAUAUUUGCAUAUCUUUAUAGAGAGCUGAAGAGCCUCUUGGUGAUACGCUGAAUGCUGGCUACCUAAUAGUGUAUUGUGAUUGGUACAGUUGUUUGUCGAUUCCGGUAUAGUUUUCUUUAAUGAAAUUGGUUGUCAGUAUACGUCGAAGGGAUAGAGUGAAAUUUAUUUGUUUUUUCAUUUGGUAGAAAUCAUCGUAUGGGUUGAAGUAUAAACAAUUUGUAAUACACUACGCAGUUGAUAUGAUGGUUCUCAAGUCAUGUUGCCUUCAAUGAGAUCAUAUUAUAUCACAAUGAGGUAUGAAUUUGCCCCUAUUUGUUUUCCA